GUCAAAAACGGAUAGAUAAAAAAAUUUUCUGGUUUUUCAAUUUUAAAGUUUUAUAACAAAUAUGCUUAAGUAAAAUUCUCAAUGAUACUUUGGUUUUUUCACGACAACAGCACUCGACGAGUUCGGUAACAUCCUGGCGCAGGUUGCCACAGAUCAAGUUUGUGGACCAUUUUAAAUGGCGACAGCGCCAAAGAGAAAGGGUGACCCAAUUGCUGCAAGUUCAUCGCAAGAUCUAGUCACCGAUCAAAAUUCGGGUCGGAGGACUGAACAGAAAGUCUAUACGUUCAACAGCGAGAAGCCCAAUCAGGCCAAGUCAACUCCGACUGCGGGCAAGGACGAAAAGGCCAAACCGCAAAAGACUAUACUGGAAGAGCAUGGCAUCAUAUUGGGCAAGGUGAUUGGCACGGGUAACUAUGCGAAGGUCAAGAUUGGCUUCUCCGAGGAGUAUGGCAAGCGGGUGGCCGUUAAAAUAAUAUCCAAGGUCAAGGCGCCAUCCGAAUAUACCCAAAAGUUUCUGCCCCGCGAAAUUGAGGCUGUGAAGGGACUGCAUCAUGAGAAUCUGAUAACGUUCUAUCAAAGCAUUGAGACCAGUCACAGAGUCUAUUUGAUAAUGCAGCUAGCGGAAAACGGCACAUUGCUGGACUAUGUGCGCGAGAAGAAAUUUCUGGAUGAGCCGCAGUCGCGCACACUCUUUAAACAAUUGAUCAGCGCCGUUGAGUAUAUACACAGCAAGGGCGUCGUACAUCGUGAUAUCAAAUGUGAAAACCUUUUGCUGGAUGAGAACUGGAAUUUGAAGUUAAUCGACUUUGGUUUUGCGCGCAAGGACACGCGCACGAAUGAAAAUCAAGUGGUGCUAUCAAAGACGUUCUGUGGCAGCUACGCAUACGCCAGUCCAGAAAUAUUGAAGGGCAUUGCUUAUGAUCCAUUCAUGUCAGAUGUGUGGGCCUGCGGCGUGGUCUGCUAUGCGAUGGUCUUUGGUCGUCUGCCUUACGAUGGCUCCAAUGUGCACAUACUGCUGAAGCGCAUCAAUCAAUCGCUGGUAUUCCCAAAAAAUCCAUCAGCCACCACUGAGUGCAAGCACAUGAUUAUGCAUAUAUUGGCGCCUGUUAAAAUCAGAUAUAAUGUGCCGCAAAUCAAAGAAGAUCCUUGGUUCGGUCAGAGAUAAAUACAUACAUAUAUAUGCCACAGUCUAGUUCUUGCUGUUGUCGUAGCAAAAAACAAAUUUUAAGUUAAUAAAACU